CCACAAACCCUAGAGACGAUUUGAGCAUCUCCUCCAACUGGUAGGGUUAAGCUCUGCAACAUCAACGAGAGGGAGAGAUGGGUGAAGAAGAGAGCUGCGAGAAGGCAGGCCCUGUGUUUAGAGACAUAAGGCGUUACUACUGCGAGUACUGUGGAAUCUGCAGGUCCAAGAAGUCCAUCAUCGCUUCUCACAUCCAAUCGCACCACAAGGAUGAGAUGGAAGCAGCAAUGGCUCAAGGGGUUGAGGGGAAGGAGGGUGCGAAGGCUAAUACUUGCGAAGAAUGCGGGGCGACGUUCAAGAAACCUGCGCACUUGAAGCAGCAUAUGCAGGGGCAUUCGUUCGAGAGGCCUUUCAAGUGUUCUAUAGAGGAUUGCCCUGCCAGCUAUAGGAGAAAAGACCAUUUGGCUCGGCACUUUCUUCAGCAUAAAGGCAAGAUUUUCAGCUGUCCUGUUGAUGGUUGCAGUAAGUCAUUUGGAUAUCAAGGGAACAUUAAAAGGCACGUGAAUGAAAUUCAUAAUGAUGAGCUACCAUCAACUUCUGGUAAAUUUAAGAGUCCGAAGCAGCAUGUUUGUCCAGAAGCUGGGUGUGGAAAGGUUUUCAAGUUUGCAUCAAAGUUGCGAACGCAUGAGGAUUCUCAUGUCAAACUGGAGACUGUGGAGGCUUUCUGUUGCGAGUGCAUGAAAUACUUCAGCAAUGUUGACUAUCUGAAGGAGCACAUGCAAUCGGCUCACCAAUUGGUCAAUUGCGACAUAUGUGGGACUAAGCAGUUGAGGAAGAAUAUCCAACGGCAUCUCCGCACGCAUGAGAAGAAAAAAUCGGCUGAUUCAGAAGCAUUCAGAUGUGAUGUUGAGGGUUGUCUCCACGUUUUUUCAACAAAAUCAAAUUUACGUCAGCAUGUGAAGGCUGUUCAUCUUGAAGUGAGGCCAUUUGUUUGCGGCUAUAAGAAUUGUGGCAAGAAGUUUGCUUAUAAGCACGUGAGAGACAAUCAUGAGAAAACUGGUUGCCAUGUUUACACUCCAGGUGAUUUCGAGGAGUCAGAUGAGCAAUUUCGAUCGAGGCCCAGAGGCGGGAGAAAGAGGAAAUGUCCGACCAUCGAGUCCCUACUGCGGAAAAGAGUUACUCUACCCAGCCUAGCAAAGGUGGCAAAUUCACUCGAGGUGAUUUUGAGGAGUCAGAUGAGCAAUUCCGAUCAAGGCCCAGAGGUGGGAGAAAGAGGAGAUGUUCGACGGGCGAGUCCGUACUGCGAAAAAGAAGAGUUACUCUACCCAAUGUGUUAUAAUUCCUUUUAGAUUAGUAGCUGGAGUCUCUCGGCGGCGUGCCGCAGCAGCCGAGGAUAAUGUAUGUAAUAGGAGCUGUGGCUUUUGGCCUUGUAGCCCGAGGAAAGGGUGACAAUUCUCACUCAUCCUCCUGUUGUAGUUAAUAGUUGAUAAGAGUUUGCUAUGGUUUUGUGUUGUGAAGAUAAGAGAGCAAGUGAAUCCUUAGCAAAAGAUUCUUGUUCUUGA